AUGCCCAUCUCUCGCCUCUCUCUCUCCUCCUCCAGGCAUAUUAAGCUCAGGGAGUAUGCUUUAGCUGCUACUUCUAAUGUUCAUUUUAGUUGAUUCUGUACAAAAAACACGGUAUCCAUCUAUUGCUUGAUCAUCAGAAACAUCCUGCUGAUCUCAAAAUGUCUGUGAGCUUUAAAUAUUGGGAUGAUUGUGUGGAUCCGGAGGACAUGCAAGCAUUAUGGAUGGAUGCAGAUGUGAGAAAAGAAUGGUUAGAUGCUGGAGAAAAAAUGGGUCAGAGAAUUCACCUCUCAAGGGACCCUGAUGGAGAAACUUACCUUACACAAACAGAAAUGAGGGCUGUAGCUGAAAUUAUAGUUGAUCGGCACUUCAAAUCACAGCUUGACGUGGAUAUGCUACGUGCAUUGGCUGAAAUAGGGAGUGACAGACGACUUCUUGCAGAAGGGUAUGAUCGCAAAACAAAGGAAACUAGGUUGGGGAUUAUGCAGGUUGUUCCACAAACUGCCGAAUGGCUGUUCAGGGAAAUGGGGUACCGAAAUUACAAAAUAGAUGGAAAUCAAUCACUUCUGUUCCGGCCUUUCAUAAAUAUCUAUUUUGCCGGGGCCUAUAUAAUAUGGUUAUCUAGCCAUGAUGGGAAAGAAAGAAGUGAAGAAUAUGUGGUGAGGGCUUACAAGGGCGGAAUAAAAAAAGCAACUCACAAGUCAACUGCACAAUAUUUCAAGCAAUAUCUCUCUGUUAAACAGAGCCUACCACCCAAGAGUGGACAACAAAUGCCUGCUAAUCGGUCAUUUGCUACCAACAGCUCACUGAAGGCAGGUGAUUCAUGGAAAUACUGGGACUCAAUAGUAUCUCCCGAAGACAUGGAAGAGUUAUGGAGGCAUCCUGAUGUCCUCAAAGAAUGGACAGCAUCUGGUGAAAGACGCGGAAAAGUACGCUUUUCACAAGAUCCAGAGAAGCGACCAUACCUUUCUCGAGUUGAGGUGAAGGCAGUUGCGGAAAUCAUUAUUUCCCGGUGCUUCAAUUCAAGAGGAAUAACACCUACAGCUUUAGCUGCUGUCGCCGAACUAUGUAGCAUGAGAUUUGUUCAUGGAGUGCGUGCACAUACCGGAUUAAUGGGGAUUGACUAUCCUACGGCUUCUUGGCUAUACAAGGACAUUGGCUACAACACAUACAAAGUAAGCUCUGUGAAUGAUCUCUACAAUCCUUUCGCGUCUAUCUACUUCGGUGCAGCAUACUUGGUCUGGUUAUCAGAAUACGAAGGCCGACGAAGAAGUCACCAAUUCAUUGUUCAAGCAUAUGUUGGAGGUCCGGAGAAUGUAAACCUUCAAGAGACAGGCCCGAUAUGGCAAAAGUAUCAAGAGAUCCUGAGUUCCUAUGAAGCCGAUAAAAAGGGACAAGGAAGCUGCAUUAUUUUGUGAACUUCUCACCACUCUUUCGGGUAAAGAUAAUGUGAUUUCUCGGAAAAAUUUGAGGUCUCUCAACAGUCACUGGAGGAUUGUGUGAGUGCCGAAGAUUUGUUGUAAAAUUUAUUUUCUUGUUGUUAAAUGUUGUCAUAUUGGAAAGAACAUGAAAUUUUAAUGGGAGGAGUUUUGGUAUUGAAAUUAGCAGAUAGUUUUAGAAUUUAGAGUUCAUUAUUGUUGUGUGAAUUAAAAGUUAUAUGUUUGAUUGAUGUCUAUGUAUUCAUUGGGGAAUGAAGAACAUCUGAUAAAUAUUUGUUUGUUUUUGUGUUUACGCCCUUGCAAAGUUUGUAAUUAUG